UCGGAGAAGGUCCUUGCUUUGCCACCUGGUUUGAUCAGCUAGGGGUCUUUGGGGGGCCCUCUCCCCGCUCUCGUUUGUUUUUGAGUGUACCCCCGUUUUGAACUCCCCUCCCACGAACAACAAAAUUUGUGCCUGGAGAUCUCCUGAUUAUUGUAAGUGAAUCGAGUCCUCUCUGAUCAUCCUCCGAUGCUACUGCCGUUCCUGUCUCUGUGCAUGCUGCUGUCCUGGGGAUUGAUUUUGCUGUUUCAAUGGCUGGGAAGAAGUAGUUCCAUAUACUCCAGUUUGGUCUUUUGGAUCCUGACUGUAGAUGGUUUGCACUAGUAAAGGCCUAAUUCUGAUCUCACUUGCACCAAUACAAAUUAGGGAUAAUUCAGCUGAAGUCAAUAGAGUUAUAACAGCAUCAACUUAGUUUGAUAGCAGAAUCAGGACCUUGGCUGCUUUCUUUGCUUUUAGGAUACUUGAGACUAUAGCUUCCAGAGAAUAGAGGCCAGAAGCUCUUUUUCUCUCUUUGUAUUUUCAGGAUGCAAAUCACCUUAUGCCCCUUGCACUGUGACCACAGAUGAGAACAGUGUAUUUCUCAUGCAUCAUGAUGAGGCCCCCAGCCCUGAAACUGAUACUUCACGGGAACUUCUUAGUCUGUGUCCUUUUGCACCAACAAUUUCAGACAAACAGAAGAUUCCAGACCUUCCUGCAUUGCUAUCUUUGUUUGGGCUUUAUUUGCCCACACAUUUGCACCAGUUAAACUGAAGGUAUUACUUUAAAACAGUUCAGUUAAACUAAUGCAAACCUCUCUGUGGACACUCAAGUCAAUUUAAACCUGGCUUGUAUUGAUUUAAACUUAAUUCAGUUUCUAACUAAAUCAAUUUAAAUUCAACGGAUGCAACUUCUGCAUGUAAACCAGCCCUUAGAGACUAACAGUUGUUUAACUGUUCCAGGCUGGCCUGUGUGAAAUUUCCACAGUCUGUCUUACUGGCUCCAGGUUGAAGUAAGCUGUGUCUAUAGAGGGUUAGCACUGGUAUAGCUACACUAGUGACUCAAAUCCCACUGUAGACAAGACAUGAAACAAAUAGAAGUCCACAAGUUGAAGUAAAACAAGAUUUAUGAAAAAUAGAGAGAGCUUGAAUAAGCUUUAUAGUCUUAAAAGCGCAUAAAAUCUAAUCUCCAUAGAUAUAAUCUGUGCAGUGAGAGUGAUAAAGAAAACAUUACACUUCUAGAGUGUUUCCUUUCCUCAGCAGAGUGUGCCACAGACCCAGUCUCUGGUGUCAAGGUUGGUGUCAUUCUCCUAUGGAAUAAGACAGCUUCUGUCAUCCUCUCUAGUCUGCCUGUUGCAUAUUUCAGGUUACUGAUCUCCACCCAGCAGGUUAUUCUCUCCACAGAUGUACUUUCUGAGGUGGGUUUGUUAGUCUACAGUAGUAUAAGGGCCCUACCAUCAAUCAAACCCCAACCCCGCCCCUUGACCCCAUUAAGCCCCGCCCCUCGACCCCCUCCUGCCUGUCACCAGAAGUCCCUCCCCAUGGGGGUAUUACUUCUGGGGUCAAGGUGCCACCUGACCGGAAGCAAGGUGUGUCAUGUGACCCCUCUAAGAACUCCCCCCCACCCUCUACCAAUCAGGAGGGGUUUCGUCCCGAGAGGACCACCCCGAGAGGAGAUGUUGACCAAUCAGGGUGACUUCUGGGUUGGGGUGACCCCUCCAGAAGUGAGUCGUGUGACCCCUCUAAGAACUCCCCCACCACCACCCUCUACCCAUCAGGAGGGGUUUUGUGCCGACAGGACCACCCUGAGAGGAGAUGUUGACCAAUCAGGGUGACUUCUGGGUUGGGGUGAUCCCUCCAGAAGUGAGUCGUGUGACCCCACUAAGAACUCCUCCCAAGGCCCUCCGCCAAUCAGAGUGCAGCACCAUUACCCCAUAAGUCCCAGCACCAGACAGAGGAGGCGGACAUCUCUUACCAAGGACAUGUGUUUUCGAAAGCGCGGAAAGGCUGCUGAGAGGAAACAUGGACUCCUUCACCACCCCCGUGAGAACUUCGGAAUUUUUUUUAGGCCCAAGGGUCUUUGACCAUCCGCGGAGAAAGCGCUACAUCAGCGACAGUUCCGAGGAGGAGGAGGGAGCGAUGGAGGGGAGCCCUUUGGCCCAGCAGUUGCUGGAUACGCCGGAACCCGACCCCGAAACCCUCGUGAGACAGCCCGAUGAGCAUGGCAGUCUCUUUGUCCACCCCCUCAGAGGUGGAAGGCGAUUGCGGCUUGGGGGAGUCACCGACGGACAAGGCGAACGGAAAAGACGGUGCUCAGCUCGACGAUGCCUUUCUAGAGGACCUGGACAGCGUUGCAUCAAGCAGCGAAGAUGAACUGGCCCCACCAUGUUUUUGCUCAACGCCAAUACAAGUUGUUGAAGAGGACUCUGAGGAUGAUGGCUAUGAGGAGUUUAGGAGGCGGCUUGGCAUAGAACUAACUGAGCCAGGGCCACGUUGUGAGCAUAAAAAAGUCAUGCAGACUAUUGUACGCGUUGCUGUUUAUGCUAUCCUUAAACACUGCCUUAGGGAAAAGCUUUUUGAAGAUUGUGAGGGCUGUGUCAUAGAUGCGCCAGGCCAAAGGCACCAUGACUGUGUGACUUGGACUUCAGUGGAUAUAAACUGCAAGCUCCGGGGCCUGUGUGCUGAGCUGUGUUUGGAAAGCUUAUUAAACACUGUUGUUGCCAUAGGUUAUGGUAUGCAAUGUCUGUGCCUAACCCAAGAACGUUUAGCGCAAGGGGUGAUCUUGAUAAAUGCUGUGCAAUUCAGUGCAGACCCUGCCCGUGUUCUAAAGAAAAUGACCAAACCGGAAGAUGCCUGCUUAGAGUGUUAUAUUGACCGUCUAGUCUGCACAAAGAAUUACAGAACCCUGCUUAAGAAAAAAACUAUUUGUAAGAAAUCUAAAAGGAUUAAGUUAGAGAAUGGUGAGGGGACAAACAUGCGAUAUAAAACUUGGUAGCUGUAAAUUUUUUUUAAAAGGUGGGGUUUGUGACUAUCUGUGUUUUGUUAGAAGGCCUUUGGCCCUUAAGUGAGCAAAAAAAGUUUUAAUGAAGCAUCUUGGUUUGUUUUCAAGGAGCUGUAUGUUUUUUAAAAUAAAAAAAAUUAAUUGUU